AAUCCGUCAGGGGAAGUGAAGUGGGAAGCCUUUUCAUAUCUCUGAAAAGUUGAGCCUCCACACCCAAUCCAUUUAAACAUCACCAGGACAAAUCUGUGCAUCAUCUCAGCGUUUACAGCUCAGUGAAAAUGGCUAUGGUAUCAGAGUUUCUGGGACAGCUGUCUCUCAACAUUGGGGGUCAGGAUCCUUUGUUCCCCACUGUGGUACCUGCUCCUGACUUUGACCCUGAUAAAGAUGCUGCCAGGAUAGAGACCGCCAUCAAAACCAAAGGUGUGGAUGAGCAGACCAUCAUUGAUGUCCUAACAAAGCGGACGUACGCCCAAAGGAGAGAGAUUGCUUUUGCGUAUGAAAGGAGGGCAAAGAAGGACAUGAUCUCAGCCCUGAAGGGUGCUUUGUCUGGCUCACUGGAAACUGUAAUCCUUGGACUGAUGAAGAGCACGGCGCAGUUUGAUGCCUCAGAGAUCAAGGCAUCCAUCAAGGGAUUAGGAACUGAUGAAGAAACACUGAUUGAGAUUUUGUGCUCACGUAGUAAUGAUGAGCUGGUAGAAAUCAAGAAGGUCUACAAGGAAUUGUUCAAAAAGGAACUGGACAAAGAUGUGGCUGGAGAUACUUCUGGAAACUUCGCUAAGUUACUAUUGGCUCUUGUGCAGACCAAGAGAGCUGAACCGUCCUCUAUUACAGACUAUGAAAAGAUUGAUGAAGAUGCCAGAGCUCUCUAUGAUGCUGGAAUAAAAAUUAAAGGGACUGAUGUGGCGACCUGGAUCUCCAUUAUGUCUGAGAGAAGUGUACCCCACCUCCAAAAAGUAUUUCAGAAGUACAAGAGUUACAGCCCCUACGACAUGCAGGAGAGCAUUGUGAAGGAAGUUAAAGGAGACUUGCAAACAUCCUUCCUGGUGCUAGUUCAGUGCUUUGAAAACAAACAGCUGUACUUUGCCAAAAGACUCAAUGAAGCCAUGAAGAGUAAAGGGGCCAAAGAGAAGAUGGUGACCAGAAUUAUUGUGUCACGCUGUGAGGUGGACCUGAGAAAAAUCUGCUCUGAAUACAAGUCCUGCUUUGGGCAAUCUCUGCAACAGACUAUUAUGGAACAUACCAAGGGAGACUACCAGAAGGUACUGCUUGGCCUCUGUGGACCAGGGCAAUAAAAAGAGUCAUCAGAUGCAAAAGAGCCUCUUUAUCCAUAGCUGGAAAGCUGCGCUUUGAAUAUCAGCUGGAGCCCUCCUAAGCUCAUCUCAUGUUUUCUGGAUUUGCAUUUGAAUGCAACAUUUAAGGAGAGAUUUUUUUUUGUCUUUUUUUUGUAUUUCAUACAUGAAGAGUCUGUGUCAAGGUUUGUUUGUUAUACCAAAACGGAAAUAAAGUUGCUUUGUUUGAA